AUGGCCCAACCAAAGCCAAUUCGAGUCAUCUACAUUGGAGCAGGUAUUUCUGGCAUUGCUUUCGCAUACAAAGCGAACCAAAUCGAGAAGCUGUCUUAUACAAUCUAUGAGAAGAAUCAUGAAGUAGGGGGCACAUGGCUGGAGUCACGUUACCCUGGUGUCUCAUGUGAUGUGCCCGCACAUGGAUAUACUUACACCUGGAGAGGCAAUCCUGACUGGAGCCGAUUUUAUGCCAGUGGGGAGGAGAUUUGGAAGUGGUACAAAAAGCUGGCAGAAGAGUACGAAGUGUAUGAGCAUACGAAGUUCAAGCACCAGGUCGCUGGAGCUGAAUGGAACGAAGAUGAACAAGUGUGGAAGGUCGAAGUGGAAAAUCUAGGAACCGGCCAAAAAUUUGUUGACACGGCCGAAGUUCUCAUCAACGGAGGUGGCCCAUUGAAUAAUUGGAAAUGGCCGGAUAUUGAAGGUUUGCACGACUUCAAAGGAACUUUGCUACAUACUGCAAAAUGGGACGAGAGCGUUAAGCUAGAGGGCAAGUCUGUUGCCGUGAUCGGUUCUGGUGCAUCAGGCAUACAAAUUGUCCCCGAGAUUCAGCCACUGGCACGCAAGUUAAUAUCAUUUAACCGGUCACCUACAUGGGUUGCUCCUGAGUUUGCUUGGCAGCUUGCCUCGGAUGGUAGGGAUACCAUAUACACGGAAGAACAGAGGACGGAGUUCCGCAAUCAUCCAGAAAAAUUGACGCAGUAUCGGAGAGACAUCGAACAUGGCAUGAACUCAAGGUUUCCUUCCUUCUAUAAGCAUUCUCAAGCACAAAAGAUUGGGAGGGAAUUCGUUGCCGAAAAUAUGCGAAAGCGAUUGAAGUAUGAUCCAGUCCUGACAGAAAAGCUGAUACCGAAGUUUGAAUUGGGCUGCAGACGGGUGACUCCCGGAAACGGCUAUCUCGAGGCGUUGACUCAGCCGAACGCCGAGGUUGUCACUGCAGGCAUCCUCAAGGUCGUGCCAAACGGUAUCAUAAGUAAUGACGGCCAGCUUCACGAAGUUGAUGUUAUUAUAACUGCAACGGGUUACGAGACCUCUUUUGUUCCACGCUUCCCCAUCAUUGGUUUAAACAAAGUCAACUUGCAAGACAAGUGGCGUAAAGAUGGCGCGGCUGCAUACCUCUCAGUAGCAGUCCCUGGGUUUCCCAACUAUUUCUUGACCAUCGGACCAAAUGCUCCGAUUAGCAACGGAUCUCUCGUGGCAGCAAUGGAGAGGCAGAUAGAGUUUGCUUUGUCCUUUAUCAAGAAGAUCCAAACGGAAGACGUUACUUCAGCAGUGGUCUCAGAUGAAGCAGCUGCUGAAUUUGACGAGUGGAAAAACGAAAUAAUGAAAGGCAUGACAUGGACAGGCGCGUGUACCAGCUGGUAUAAGAAUGCGCACAUCACGCGAGAGCUUCUUACACGAGGCUACAAAGUCCGGGGUACGGUGCGAAGUGUCCCUCAGGCCUCAUGGCUCACCGACGAAGUCUUUGCGUCUUACCACGCGAGCCACGAUCUCGAACUUGUCUCGGUCGGGGAUAUGGCCGCGCCGAAGGCAUUUGAUGCCGCAAUCAAGGGUAUGUCGGCUGUUGUUCAUGUUGCCACUAUCCAGAGCUUCGACUCAGACCCCAAGAACGUGAUCGAUCCCACUGUUCAGGGCCUGCAAUCUCUGCUCGACGCAGCUAACAGAGAACUGUCUGUAAGCCGAUUUGUUUACACCUCUUCCGUCGGUGCUGCUAUAAUGCUUGCACCUGGAGCUACUGGCCAUGUCACUCGAGACACAUGGAAUGAAGUUGCUGUUAGGUUGUCCUUGACACUGCCGCCAGACGAUCGGAUGCGCGGACCAAUGAACUACAUGGCUAGCAAGGUUAUUGCGGAGAAGGCACUGUGGUCAUUCGUUGACGAAGCGAAGCCUAGCUUCUCUGUGAACGUCGUAAGCCCAGCAACGGCUAUUGGUACUGUUCUCAACCAGAAACAUCUGAAGACCUCCCCCGGCUGGGUAGAUCGGUUGUGGAGAGGCGAGACGAGUAAAGUGGCUCCGAUUCGCGCAUCUAUCUAUGUCAAUGUUAAAGAUGUUGCUAUUUUGCACAUUGCAGCUCUUCUUGACUCCGAGGUCAAGGGAGAGCGGAUCUUGGCCUGGGCAGCUCCUUUCAACUGGAACGAUGUCUUGACUAUUAUGCGGCAGGAUUAUCCAGAUAAGCAGUUACCCGCAGAUCUGCCAGAAAUGGGCAAAAUUUUGGCCACGACGGAUGAUUCGCUUGCGAAGCAUCUUUUGAAGAAAUGGGGUGGACACGAAGACUGGACAAGUCUACAGCAAGGAGUUCGUGAUACUGUGGAGAGCGCUUCCAAAGUCUGA